GAGGCGGCGGGAGGCCACUGGGUUGAGGCUCCGAGCCCGGCGGAGCCUCGGGUGUCUCAGGCCGUCGAGCAGUCACUGGGUCACACGCUGCGCGCAGCGAGGGGCCACUGCAGACCCCCUGCCCCAAACUUCAAGUCGGGAGCGGGGGAGAGAGACGCCGGGCAUUAAGGCAGUGGCAGCCUGUCAGGACGCUGCCCCCUCCCCCGGGACCGCUACCUCUAGAACCCCACCUCGGCGAGCCUCUUCCCAGCCGUCUCCGCUCCUGCUCCGGCCACUUGGUCGCCUUUGGCCCAGGAUGAAGCCCAGAGGCGGCGGCGGCGGCAGCCCCACGACGGCCCCGGAGUCUGAGUCGGCCGACGUGGCCCUGGGUCCGCUGUCGCCCUGGGCCUGCCCGGCUGACGUGCGGCUCUGCGGCCACCUUCGGAAGCACAAGUCCCAGCACCGCCGCUUCUUCGUGCUCCGCGCGGACCCGCCGCGCCUCGAGUGUUACGAGAGCGAGAAGAAGUUCCACGCCGGCCGAGCGGCUCCCAAGCUCAGCGUGAGCCUGACGGGCGCGUGCACCAUCAGCAAGCGCGUGGACGCGCGCCAGCGCCACCUGAUCUUCCUCUUCACCGCCGACCGCAGCCUGGGCGUGGCGGCGGCCAGCGAGGCGGAGCAGCAGGCGUGGUACAGCGCCCUGCUUGAGGCGCGCGCCGCCGCCGGGCCCAGCUCCCACGAGGACCCCGAGGCCUGGAUGCUCGCUCCGUUUCAGGACAUCUGGCCCGUGACGCUGCGGCCCAAGGGGCUGGGGCAGACACGAGGCCUGGGCAGCGGCGGCUACUGCUUGUGCCUGGGUUCCGGGGUACUGAGCCUGCUGCGGAAGCCCAGGGGCAGAAGCUCCAGGGCCACCCAGGCACCUCCGCCCCCAGCCCUGCGCCUGUCCCUGCUCAGCGUGCGCCGCUGUGGUCACGCAGACUCUUUCUUCUUCCUGGAGCUCGGGCGCUCAGCACCCACAGGUCCCGGGGAGCUGUGGCUACAGGCGCCCGAUGCUGUGAUGGCCCAAAGCAUUCACGAGACUGUCCUGGCCGCCAUGAAGCGAAUCGGGGACACUGGUGCUAGUGGCAGGACUGAGCCACUGCCAAGAAAGCCCCCGACGAGGGCCCCCAGACCCUCUGAGACCCCAGCCUCUGCGGCUCAGUCAGGCAGCCUGAACCGUCUGGGGUGCCCUAGUGAGAGGAGCGAGCAAGCAACCCCUAAGACGCUGGCGAUGCUGGGGGCAGCGGCCUCACAGCCUGAGGGGUUGGGGCGGGGCGGGGGCUACAUAACCAUGGGAGCCAGGAGAGACUACGUGCCCAUGGGAGACGGGCAAGCCAGCAGCUACGUGGUGAUGGCGCCCCUGGGCCUCCCUGCCUCGGCCAAAGCCGCUCCCCAUCAGCCACCUCUGGAUGGCGGGCACUCUGAAUACGUGUCCAUGAGCCGCUGUGCACCACGGUCCCUUUUCUUGAGCUCUUUGCCCGGUUCCUACAGGCCUGGGGCCGGGGAGCCUGAAACGGGGCUCCAAAGCCCUCCUCUGCGCGUCGGAGGCAGCUGGGGCCCCACAGGGGCUCAGCCCUGCUUGCAGCCGCCGUCAGAGCUGGCCGGGGAGUACGUGUGCAUCGAGUACUCGGACCACGUAGCCACACCCGAAACCCCCGCCAGCUGCCUCAACUACGUCGACCUGGACCUGGUCCCUCCCCUGGAGGCGGGAGGCAACGCCCCCGGGGCCAGGCACGGCCCGCACAGCUACGCCCGCAUAGAGUUCCAGAACUCUGGGGAGGCCCGAGGGAGGAGACCCUGGCAACCCCGUCUGGUUUAACUGACAGACGGAGACGGCGGGAGAAAACAGGGCAAAGUUAAGAGUGCUUUCCUGCCCACGCCCCUCAACCCCACAGACCCCUUCCCUGAGACGGAGAGGCUCUAAAGCAGAGAUGUCCCCUAGGAGGUGUGACCCGCAGAGGCUUGCUAAGCUGCUUCUUGGGGCCUGGUGCCCACUCCGCCCCUUUCAGCUGUGCCGCCUGGGAAAUCUUUGGGAGGAGGUUCCCCAAGAAGCUGGAUUCUUUUAAGGGAGAAAAUUCUAGAACUCUCCCUCCCCUUGAAAACAAACCCCCAAAACCUCCACAACCUCACAGAUUUCUGGACAUUCUCAGCCAAAGCCCUGAUCCUGUUUCCCCCAGAGGCCCCGCAGCAUCACUCCAGAGCCUUAAGUCAGGCCCCUGCCCCGGCCUCGGCUGCGGAAGAUAUGGACCUGGACCUGCCCCUGCCCCUCCCCCGCAGGCCCGCAGGGCUGGCCUGGUGUAUCUUUGGAGCCAAAGAACCACCCCCGAGACAUACACACACGUCCAGCCUCAGGGCUGAACUCCUGGGGCCCCAGAGCACCAGGAGUCCUACACUAGGGCCUCCCCAAAGUGAGGCACCCCCUUACUCCCUAGUUUCCCUCUCCCAACGCCAGCUCUGUGCUCACGAUCCUCCCUGCUCCCAGAGCUGGCAGAGCUGAUGGAGUCCUUGCUUCCUAUAUAAUUAGUCUAAGAGACUAGACUCCCCACCCCGCCCCCGACAUUAAAGGUUCCCUGCUUGGUCAGCUGGAAAGAUCUUAGGUCCAUGGAUUCC